UUUAAAACCCCACAUGCCCUAGGGCUCAUCUCAUCUCAUUCCCCUGCGCCGUCACUUCCCCUCCUCCUCGGUUCCCGCCGCCGCCGCCAUCGCCAUCUCCACCCUCCUCGGCGGCCGCCGGCGACGAUGAAGGGACGGCAAGGCCAGCGCGUGAGGCUGUACGUCCGCGGCACCAUCCUCGGCUACAAGAGGUCGAAGUCGAACCAGUACGAGAACACGUCGCUGCUGCAGAUCGAGGGGGUGAACACCAAGGAGGAGGUUGGGUGGUACGCCGGGAAGCGCAUCGCCUACGUCUACAAGGCCAAGACGAAGAGCAACGACUCCACCAUCCGCUGCAUCUGGGGCAAGGUCACCCGCCCGCACGGCAACUCCGGCGUCGUCCGCGCCAAGUUCCGGUCCAACCUCCCGCCCACCUCCAUGGGCAAGAAGGUCCGCGUCUUCAUGUACCCUAGCAGCAUCUAAGGUUUCUUGCCUAUUCUGCAAAACUGGUAGUUGGCAUCGUGGAGGUUUUAUAUCAGCUAGUCACUUGGUUUACCGGCCAGAGAAAUUUAAGCGAUUUUGAGGAGUUUAGCUUUUGUUUUACUGCACAGACUAUCUGGUUGCAUCUUGUACAACGCAUGCCAAUCACUCAUUUGCGUUGAAAUGAUAUUUCCAUGCGGUGUUAACUCUUUAUCUGUAAUUUCUGUCUGAUUGUCAUGGUGACUGUCAAAUGCAACCUUCUAUAGCUUUCCAUGAACCAGAUGCCCUUUGAUCUAUACAAACAUAACAUCGCUAUUGUGAACCAAA